UCCCCAAUCUCCUUAGGACAUUUUUCUUAUAAGAGAUCGGUCUCAUCCUCUGAUAAUCAAGUUCUCUCUAGCUAUAUAUAUCUGCAGCAUAAGCUUACUGAGGUUCUUCUUCUACUUUGGUCUUUGGAGUCAAAAGAAAGAAAGAUAGAAAAAUGGGCAGGUCUCCAUGUUGUGAGAAGGUAGGUUUGAAAAAAGGACCAUGGACUCCUGAGGAAGACCAAAAGUUGUUGGCUUACAUCGAAGAACAUGGCCAUGGAAGCUGGCGAGCCUUGCCUGCUAAAGCUGGGCUUCAAAGAUGUGGGAAAAGCUGCAGACUGCGGUGGACAAACUAUCUUAGACCUGAUAUCAAAAGAGGAAAGUUUAGUUUACAAGAAGAACAGACCAUUAUUCAACUCCAUGCUCUCCUCGGAAACAGAUGGUCAGCUAUAGCAACUCACUUGCCAAAGAGAACAGACAAUGAGAUCAAGAAUUACUGGAACACCCACUUGAAGAAAAGACUGACCAAGAUGGGGAUAGAUCCCGUGACCCACAAGCCUAAGAUAGAUGCCCUUGGCUCCGGCUCCGGUAACCCCAAAGACGCCGCAAACCUAAGCCACAUGGCUCAGUGGGAAAGCGCUCGGCUUGAAGCAGAAGCCAGAUUAGUUAGAGAAUCCAAGCUAUUGGUUACUAACAAUAUUGUCAACAACAGCAAUAACAAUAACAAUAACAACAACAGCAACAACAACAACAUCGCAGUACUACCUCAUAAUCACAACCACCAGCUCGGCUCGGCUCCGGCUCACCAUUUCAUGAACAAGCCCGGUGGAGCCAUAGCCCCACCACCGUGCCUGGAUGUUCUCAAAGCAUGGCAAGGCGCGUGGACUAAGUCAAGUAACAGUAGCAGAGAUUGCAAUACUCUCGCGGGGAUGAUGGCUAUGGACGACCUUGAAUCUCCAACGUCCACGUUGAACUUCCCGGACGCCAAUCAUAGUUACACUAGAAUUAAUAAUCAAACUACUACGACAGUUGGUGGUGGAUUCGGUACUAAUACCACUACUGAUCAUGACCAAACCGAUAAUGUUGACGGUUGGAAAUCGUGCUACGGCACGACCACUACCAACACUCCAACCAAAGUAGCGAUGAGUGAUCACAAUCACAAUAAUAACCAUAUGGCGGUGGCUCCACCUACGCCACCGGAGUUCAAGGAAAGGAAUAUGGAACAUGCUAAUACGAUGUCGUUGCAGGACAUUGCGUUUGCUUGUAGUCAUGACGGCGGAGCUUGGUUUGUCGAUCAUGGGUUUAGGGCUGGAGCUACGAUGGACGGUACUAGCGACAGCGUGGCGGUGCCCACGGUGGCGCUGUCUAAUAUCAUUGAAGGAUUCACGGAUGCUUUCAUGUACAACUCGGAGCAGGAACCGAACUCGGCGGUGGUAGACGUAGUCGGAGAUGGAGAGAACUCUAACGACGGAAGCUGCGGAGCUAGCGGAAUAUUUGAAGAGAAUAAGAACUACUGGAAUAGUAUACUGAAUUUGGUCAACACCUCACCGUCUGGGUCGCCUGUGUUUUGAUAUAGUUUUCUUAGAAGCAGUAGCGGUAAUAAUAGUGGUAGUGUGCUGGUCUCAGUGGUCUGUAUGUCUUAAUUAAUUGUUUUAGUGACUAUAGGGCUAGUCAUAGAUGAUGAUAGUGGCUUAUUAAACAUGAUUAGCAAGUUAGUGUACUAAUAAUAAGGGAAAACUCUUAUAGUUAAUAAUAAUAAUAACUCAAGUCCUUUUUUAGUUUUUUAUAAACUCGAACGAUCUAUAUAUAUAUAUUGAUCAAUCCCUUUAAA